CUUCUCUCCCAACACAACAGAUGAGUCUGCUCUCCUUCGUGUGACAUAUAACAUACUUCCAUUUGACAAGCCUUACUCAAUUGCAAUCAUAAAUACAUAAUCGGUCUGAUUCACAAGCAAAGUUUUUGGAUUUAAACCUAUCAUUCCAUUUCCUCUCAGCCUCAGCGCGCCUAUUAAAACACUACCACGAUGGGUGUAUUAAACUAUCUUGGCUUCAAGGGCCAAACGCCUGCUGCCGAAGGCCCCAAACCAGUCCGAGCACUGCCGUCAAGCUGGUAUACCUCGCAGGAGAUGUAUGAGCUUGAGAGGAGGGCGAUCUUUUCGAAACGGUGGAUGCUCAUCACUCAUAAACUCAGAUUCACAGAGCCCGGCUCAUGGAUUAAAUUUGAAAUCGCGGGAUUUGAAUUUGUCUUAUGCCUCAAUCGCCAAGGGGGAAUCAGUGGCUUCCAUAAUGUGUGUCGCCAUCGAGCUUUCCCCGUUGUCCAGGAGAAGACAGGCACUGCAAGGAUCUUUGCCUGUAAAUAUCAUGGUUGGUCGUACGGCCUUGAUGGAAAGCUUGCCAAAGCGCCAAAGUACGACGAGCUCGAAGACUUUGAUAAAACACAGAAUGGUCUAUUUCCAAUCCAUGUUCGCGUCGAUGCUAGUGGGUUUGUUUGGGUGAAUCUGGAUAGCAAGGCUACCCCAGAAGUCCCGUGGGAGGAAGACUUUCUAGGUAUCGACACCCAGGAGAGAUACAAACAGUUCAACUUCGACAACUACGUCCUUGAUCACGAGUACCAGCGUGAUGGCGAUUAUAAUUGGAAGAUCUUGGCCGACAACUUCAAUGAAUGUUAUCAUUGCCCAACCUCACACCCAGACAUUCCUACUCUUGCCGAUAUCGAGACCCAUGAUGUGGAGGGUGAAUUUGGCUGGAUUAAGCACCAGUCGGUGCCUACAGAGGAGCAGAAGCGCCUUGGGCUAGCAAUCGCCAGCACAUACUUCUUCCCCAACGUGUCCAUCUCUGUCUUGCCACACUUUAUCAUGCUCCAACGAUUCCUGCCCCACGGUCCUAAGAAAUCAUCAAUGCACUAUCAGAUUUUCCGAAAUAAGGAUUCAACGGAGGAGCAAUUCCGCCUCAUCGCUGAUUUGUACAACAAAGUCGUCAGCGAGGACAAGGUUCUCUGCGAGCUAGCCCAAAGAAAUCUUAACGCUGAAAUCUUCGUCAACGGUGAGAUGCACCCCAGGCUAGAGAAAGGCCCACUUUAUUUCCAGAAAGUCAAUCGUACCGUUAUUAGAGAGCACUUUGAUCGGGAGAAGGCAGCUGGACGAGAAAUUUGGCCCGCCAGGCAGCAACUACCAAGCGGUGCCGUAACGAGCAAUGAGGAUGUCGAACUUUGCUCAAGCUUGUCGUGUCAGUCGAAAGAAGGAGGGUUGGAUUGGUAGACCGAGCCCUGAGUCGAAGUUGGAGCAUUCCAUGUUUUCAUCAACAUCAAAUUGUGAGCAUCAGAGCGAAUCCAUCAGAAUGCGGAGUCUUCACGGUGUAUGAAAGUGUCUGUUUACAUGCCACAGAGUUGUUUCUCACUCUAUGACUGAUGAUGCUGUAGCUGUCUUGUUACAAUUACAUAGAAUCCAAAGAUAAGAUCCUGA